AUGAAAGGUGACGAUAAUGAAGUUUCUUCUUUAAAGGAAGAGAUCUUCAAAUAUAUAGACGCCAAGUUUGAUGUGUUACAACAACAAUUGACAGAUUUGAAAGCUCAAAAAUCAUCUCAAGAGCAUCAAUCUCCCGUGAGUAGACCAGACACCAAACUGUCUGAAGUACCACUUUCUGUAACUACACCAUCCCAAAAACCUCCUUUACCUCCUAGAGAUAAAUCCCCAGCACCAGAAAAAGCUUCGAAACACACUUUCGGAGGUACAUCAUUCAAUUUCAAAGUCACUCCUACAAAUUCCAUUAUCGAACCAAAAACUCCCAAAGAUACUCCCCAAGUUAAUUCGAAAGAUACUCCUAAAGAUAAACCAGUAUUUGGAUCAACUACUUCAUUUGCUGAACGUCCUAAAACGAACAUUUUUGAUACGGGGUCCAGUUUUGGAUCUAACACCAAAUUUUCAGGAGCUUUCCAGAAUUCCUUGAAGAAAAGAUCAUUCUUGGACGUGGAACCUGAAGCUACCCAAGAAGAUAAAGAAGAAGAAAAAGAGCAGGAGAAGGAGAAUCCCGUACAAUACAAGCAAAUCGAUUUGACCUUAGUUGAAAAGCAAACAGGUGAAGAAAACGAACAAUCACAAUUUUCAUCCCUUUGUAAAUUAUUCGAAUUAGAGUUCGAAAAAAUCAGUGAAGGAUGGAAAGAAAGAGGCUUAGGAACCAUCCAUUUGAAUCAAUCCACAGAAAAGAAGCUUAGAUUAGUCAUGCGAUCCAAUGGGUUAUUGAGAGUGAUUUUAAAUGUCCCAAUUUUCAAAGAAACUGAAGUUUUCAAAGGCUUGGAAUCUUCUUUGAGUCCAGACAAAUAUCUUAGAUUCAAUACUAUCAAAGAUUCUAAACCUGUACAAUAUUUGUUAAAGUUCAGUAAUGCCAAUUUAAGAAAUGAUUUGUUCGAUAAGAUCGAAUCUUUGAAGAGUGAAUUAUAA